UGUUUGCUUGCUCGAAUGUUGUGUGUGCGCUGGAAGGAAAAAAAAAAAAAAAAGGCGGUGGAAAUGAAAGCAGAGCGACUGAUUGAACCAGGUGAACUUAAGUAGGUGAAAUACAUUGACUUAAGUACCGACUACCGUUAUCGACGCAUUACGACAUUACGAGAUGUAACCGAUUUGUUCCGUCGGUGUUACACGUUACACUAGCGCAAACGUGCUUGGAAAAAUACAUAAUACGUAUCGUUCAGCGGCGUCGAACUUUGACCGACGGCCAUUUUUGCUUGGAAUUAGUAAAACCAGUCGUUCUUACCUUGAAUGGAAUAACGAUAAUUAUACAUGAUAAUAAUACACAUUUAUUUCGAUCCUUUCGAUUUUCUAAACGAUGCGAAAAGAAUUACAAAAAAAAAAGAUUUAUUCUUGUACAAUGUCAUCGAUUCCGGGAUGAGCAACUGGUGUUACUAAUUUAUUCCUUAAUUAGCUGCGACACGUGUUUCGAUUCAGAAUCUAGUUUAGGGUCGCGCGAGGGAGAGAGAGGAAUGUGGUGGCAAGGGAAAUGAGGAUAUCGGGGGGGAAAAGAAUAGACGAGGCGUAAAAGUUUCAGCACGUCGAGGCUUUGGAAAGAGAAGAAUAAAAAUUAAAAGGACAAAGCAUGGUCGACAAAGAUCACGAAUCGAUGUUGCCUUUAGCCGGUGUCGCGGACUUUUGUGUAGGUGUGCCGCGGUUGAAAGUCUCGCGGGAACGUUGAUUGUUUGCCGAGGAAAACAAUAAGCGAUCAACGGUGAGGUUGUUAAAAGAGGUUUUGCUAAGCGAACCCGAGUCCUGUUCGUUUCGUUGAAUGGAAACUAGCAUCGGGCAUACGCGUUCGUAACAUUUUGGAGGCUUCGUUCGAACGCUUUUCUACGAAAUACAAGCGCUGGUAAGCUUCGCUUACAAAACUAUCGCGGACGUCGUACGUCAAUCGUCGAUUCAGUUGAUCAACCAUCGUACCGUGUACUCGAGCCUUCUGUCUUUAUUUCUGCCUCUGACUGUGUCUGUGAACCAUAUUUCCCUUGCCCUCACCGUCCCCCGGUCUACUCUAGUUACCGAUAACGUGUUCGUAAGCUAUAUUAUAUAUGCACCGGAGAAUUUGCCAUCCGCUUCGAGGUAAUUUUGCGAUGGAUACAAGGAGCAUAAAAAAGCGCGCGCUUUUCUUCGAGCAGUAUUUGGGAGAAAAGAGGAAAAAGAUCCGUGAGAAGAGGGAAGAAAGUUGGUACGAUAAACGCGUUGAAUUGAAUGAAUGGACGAAGGAACGAAGGAAAUCCGAUCGCUCGAUCGAUCGUCCAUAUUAAAGUCGAAUGAAUGAACAAGCGUAUCCUUGGAUCCAAACGAGACUCGAUAACCUUGAUCGUUUCGAUUGAUUGGAAAUCGGUUAGGGGAUGUUCCUUAACGAAAUAACUGUAACAUAUUCUCGAUCGAGUAACACGGAUCGUAAACCCAUGGUUUAGCGUGAAUCAUUGACAGGGAACAAUCGGCAUUUUUCCUAAUUUCCGUGGCUGCAGGUAAUUUGUUUACGCGUCGCGUGAAAAGGGUCGGGAAAGGAAAACUCGUGAGUCACCGUUGAAGAUUCAUAGCGGGCUUUACGUACUGUUAAGUGCGUACAAUAGAAAGCGGCCGAACAAUGUAUCGUUGCGUUUGCGCGCAAAUAUUAGCGCGAUACGCGUUGACAAAUGUCGAGGAACGCGUUUUCGAGUCUCUACGACUCCGAAGGAAUCAUUUGUAUCGUGCGCGGCGUGUUUGUUUUCCUACGUUCGACCGGCCCGUGACUAAUUAUAUUCGUGAUUAGUUAGCGUUACAUAAAUAAAAGCGCGGACAAACAAGUAAGCGAGUCAGAACGAAAAUAGGUGGAUGAACGGACGUUACUCCGGCUGCAUCGUUUCAUCUAAUUAUGUACAUCCGAUAACUGAUCGAUCAUUGAUUCCGCGAGUUUCAUUAGGUGCCAAGAUUUAUUUGAUAAUUUAGAUCGCCGGGAUAAGAAGUAAGUUAUAGUCGGUCGCGUAUAGCCGGAUGGGGCGGUGGCAUAAAACGAACGAUACGAUAUGGAAGAACAGUAGGAGAAGCAGAAGUAGAAGGAGAACGAGGAGAAGGAGACAGGAGGGGCAGAGAGUUUGAUUUAGGCACUCGGGGAGGGUGGUGGAGUGACAAAGUUUACUGGGGAGGAGGGCAUUAGAAUCGGAUAAUGAGCAUGCCUGCGAAGAGAAGGAGGAGGAGGAGGAGGUAGUGACAAAUGUACGCGUAUUCCGACCGAACGAUAAGAAAGACACGUUGAAGAAAGAAAGAAUAACGGAUACGCGAUUUUUUCGCGAUAGAGUGAAACAGAGAGGCAUAAAUUGGCACACGUAAACGCGAGCGCGAAUACGCUUACGUAGAUCGAGUUACGUAGAUCUAGAUCGAUCUACGUCGAAGCGAUAGACCGUACGGGUACAUAGUUUUCUCUAUCGCUAUUCGCGGUACUCCUCCCCUCCCGUCGAUCGGCGAACCGAGUCGAACGGAGGCCGAUCGGCACGCUUCCUCGUUUAACCAAGACGGGUCGUAAGUGUCCUCCCGGGAGACCUAUAGCCUUCUCUUUGUAUUUCCUUUAGAAAAUUGACUCGGCUUCGAAUCGAACCAUUUCACUGGAUACGCCACCAUUCCAUCCAACCUGAUUCGACCGUCUGCCUUCUCCGUGUUUCUUCCACUCUGCUCUCGGCUGCUUCCCUUCUGUGCCUACGUAAUACACACACCAGUCUCGUUGCCGAUCCUGAGAACGGUGGUCAACGCGGGCUCCGCUCGAACCGGCUAAAGGAUUAUUCGAUCGUUUCACGGGGAUAUUACAAGUGUUUUCCGCGCGUUUUAUGGAAACACGGACGAGAAGGAACACGCGGUGGCAGUCGAUCAACGUGUUCGAUUAGAAGAGACCCGGUGAACGAAGAGGAGUAAGAGGAAGGUUUCGUCGCUGAUCCGCCGACGAAGAGUACCUAUCCACGUAUAAAGAAGAAAUCGACGAUGAAAAGAAGGAGAGGCACGGAGGAAAGUCGCGAGGAUGGUGGAAAAUAUCGUCGGAACGACUAUGAACUGCUCGAGUACGCGGACGAAGGGACGGAGUAUGGGAGGGAAAGAGUCAUAGAGGUCGUUGGUGAAGAGAGAAGCGAAGAGUACGAGGAAGAGAGAACGGAUAAACAGAUGCGUUCGAAAAGCAGGGCGAUAGUUUCGGAGCUUUUUCGAGGGCAGCAGGAACAGCAGCAGCAGCAGCAGCAGCAGCAGCAACAACAUCAGUUAGGGUAUGGAAAGCGCGACGCCGACGAAGGCGGGGACGCGGUGGGCGUGCUGGAGGCGGGACAGCAGGAAAUUGAAAAUGGCGCGAUCGUGAAGUCGAGUAGCAUCGAAGCUGUGGUUAUUACAGUUUCGUCGAAUCAUGGAAACGAUGCCAGCGCCACGUACGAAUUGCAUUCCCUCGAUUAUCACGAUCCGGUCCUUCGAGAAAGGGUAUAUCUGGAACAGGAUUCCAGUUGCUACGGGGGUGGUAACUCGAGCAACGGGGAGGAGCAAGAGCAGCAACAACAACAGCAACAAAGGGAACAACAUCGUCAGCAAGAGGUUUCCCAGCUCCCCCACCAGCAGCAACAACACCAUCAACAGCAAAGCCAGAACCACCACCAUCGAGCUCAGUAUGUCGAGCUGGGGGCGAGAGAGCACUCGGUUGGAAAGGGUGGGGAUAACGAAGAGGCGAGUGAGGGCUCCGCGUUGCCGGAGGGAAAACGAGCCGACAGUCACGCGCCUCGCUCGACGAUGCAUCGUUACGGUACUGAGGCGCUCUCGCCGACCGCGACCGAUCAUCACAACCACCACCACCACCACCACCAGCACCUCCACCUCCAUCAUCGCCACCACCAUCAUCAGCAGCAGCAACAGCAGCAGCCGCAGCAUUUGCAGUCGGACGAUUCCCAACGUAGCGCGCUUUCGUCUACCGGUCAUCGUCGCUUGGACGAACACGAAUCGCAGUCGCAACCACGCUCGCAAACGCAAUCGGUUCAACAGCAGCACCAGCAGGUAGAGGAAGACGCGGAGAGAGCUAGCGGUAUCGUGGCAGCCAUGAGAGGUGCACGGGGUGACUUCAGUUUGAACGUACUGUUCCCGAAUCUCGGUAUCGCCGGUGCUAACAGUACCGGCGGUGACGUCGGACCGGCCGAUCAUCAUCAUCAACAGCAACAGCAGCACCAUCAUCAACAACAACAACAUCAUCCUCAUCAUCAUUCGUUGGAUGAGGUGUUGCCGGACGAUGCGUAUCUUCAGCAUCAGAUACGCGGUGGAAGUGGAGGUGGUGGCGGAGGUGGUGAGGGUAGUAACGGCGGUGGAGGAGGUGGAGGUGGUGGCAGUGGUGGUGUGGACAAUGGCGGCGGUGGCGGAGGAUCGCCGACUCUUCGGACCGGUAGUUCACCGGGAUCCAGUCGCAGCCCGCACGACGAUCAAGGAAUCUCGUCGCCGCAUCGUCGAGGCCAACCGGACGGCGGUUACAGCCCUACCGAUCAGGGUAGACAAUCGUACGCUCACUUGACGGCGAUGCAACCGCCGUCCUCGGUGCAACCGAACCACGGUCUCGGUCAGGAUGCCGAUCGUGUAUCCGAUCAGCUCUACAUGGAGUCGAUGUACACACAUCACUCGGCCGGAACGCCGCAUCAUCAUCAGGAUCACGAGCAAGGAUCGUCUGCUCCUCACUCGCCCAGCGGUCCUUUACCAAGCUCUUUGUAUCGGACGAUGAGCGGUGUGAGCACGAUGACGGCGAGUGCGGCAGGAAGCGGAGGCGCAUACUCGCUUCCUUACAUGACCGCCAGCCCCACGGAAUUGACCGGUUCGCCGCAACAGCUAUGGAACGCUCAAGGUGCGUUGAGCGCGGCACUUCCGUCGAUUUCGGAGGAUUACGGCGGUGGCGGCAAGUCGUCGGGAACGGUGACACACCAGGCACUUCCAGGUUUUUCGCAACCGUUCUGCGGCAGAGCGAGUUUCCGAGGAUACAGCCCGUCUUAUUCGAGUCAACAGAGCAGCGGAGGAGUCGGAGCGGCCGGUGUCGACGCGUCUUCCUGGAGUUACGCCUCGUCGACGAACGACGCGUUGAGCACCCAAUACGCGACGCCCUCCAGACGACAACCGGUGAAUCCGUCCUCGACGCCCACGCAGCAUCAGCUCAGCGCAACGGCUAGUCUUAGCGCCAUGCACAACAUCGAGGCGGAAUACUUUACGGAGGGCCGCGAGUGCGUAAAUUGCGGUGCAAUUUCCACUCCGUUAUGGCGGCGAGACGGUACCGGACAUUACCUCUGCAACGCAUGCGGUCUCUACCACAAGAUGAACGGAAUGAAUCGUCCCUUGGUGAAGCAGCCGCGGCGAUUGUCCGCUUCGAGACGCGUAGGCACCUCUUGCAGCAACUGUCAAACCACCAUGACGUCGCUCUGGCGUCGGAACACUUUGGGCGAGCCGGUAUGCAACGCGUGCGGCCUUUACUAUAAGCUUCACGGGGUGAACAGGCCUCACACAAUGAAGAAGGACAGCAUCCAGACACGGAAGAGGAAGCCGAAGGGCGGAAUGAAGUCCACCGACACGCCGAUCUCCGGAUCCGUCGCGGCUUGCGCGAACAACAACACCACCGCCACCAGCAACAACAACAACAACAAUAAUAAUAAUAAUAACAACAAUAACAGCUUGAAGUUGGAACCAGACACCUACGGCGACCUGAGGAUGAGCCACGCAGGAAUGCCUCAAGUGAGCUACGGGAACGCGUUGUACGGGAGCACCCAGCCACCCAGUAGGAUAGUCUCCUAUCAGCCGACGUAUUACGACAUGAUCGCUAACCAGCAACAGCACCAACACCAGCAGCAACAGCUGCAGCACCAGUCGCAGCACCCUCAUCAGCACCCACAGUUGAUGGAGACCCACUCGCCGAAAGUUGAAUGCCCGUCGCCGCCGUGCGCGAAUCGAUCGCCGGUUAUGAUAUCAGCUGGUCAUUCGCCCGAUCAUCACCAGCUCGCUACACCUCACAUCGUGACACUCGGCAAUUCCUCGCCAAGCGCGGCUACCAAGAUGAUACUUGACAACGGUCAUCUGGACAGACCCACCGUCGUCUCGAUAUCAUCUUAAAACCCGCGAUCGUGUAUCUCGUUCCUCGAUAUACCCGCGAGAUCCUUUCCCCUCUUAUCGACGUUACGUUAUCGCGUCACGACGACGGGGCGAAAGGAUUAAUUUCGAAGGGGAGGAGAAACCGCGCUGUGUAAUUCCUUCUUUCGAUAGAAAACCGCGGGAAAACGAGACUCUUCUUUCCGACGAACACCGGACUCGUUGUAAAUACUUUCGCCUAAUGAUAAUAUUGUAAAAGGCCGAACCAUUUGUUCUUUCCACAGCUGCAUGAAUUUUUUAUCGUUAAGAUCGUGCGAUCGCAGCCGAUUACUCGAUGCGUCGUUUCUCUCUAAGUGUAAAUAGACGGUAAUGCUAAAAUAUUCUUAAGCGAAAACGUUAAGGGUAGGAUCGAAGACACUUGAUAUCUGAUAAUAAUAAUAAUAAUAACGAUACUAAGGAUAAAUAAUAAUGAUAGUGAUAUGAUAAUAAUAAUAUUAGUAAUAAUGAUGAUAAUAAAUAAUAAUCGUUAUGUUUAUCGAUCUAGUCGCGUUGUACGGCGCGUCUCAGACUUGAAAUAAUUAGGACGCGUGUAGACGAUGACAGGGACCAGGACGAACGCAACGACGACUACGAAUAGAAUAUGCCAGCAGAUAAAAAAAAAAAAAAAUAA